GUGCUAGGCGGGCCGGGGCGGAGAUUCCCUGCGGAACAGCCCGCAGGCUCCUAGUCUCCAGCCCUCCAGUCGCGGCCCCAUCGCAACCGCUCCCCUGCAGUCCUCAAGAUCAGCUGGUCAAGGCCACGCGGGGAAAGAUGUACCAGAGCCUGGGCUUGGCCUCCAGCCCCGGACAAGCCACCUAUGCCGAUUCGGGCGCCUUUCUGCACACGCCCGGCCCUGGGUCCGCGGUGUUCCUACCCCCGACGCGCGUCCCCUCCAUGCUGUCCUACCUGCCGGCGUGUGAGCCGGGCCCGCAGCCCCCCGCGGUCACCUCGCACCCCAGCUGGGCGCAGGCGGCCGCCGCAGAUGUGUCCGCCUUUGGCUCUGGCAGUCCGCACCCCGCGUCCGGGCAGCCGCCCGGGGCCACCGCCUUCCCCUUCGCGCACAGCCCCCCGGGGCCAGGCGGCGGAGGCGGCUCCGCGGCCCGGGACGGCGCCUUCCAGGGCGCGCUGCUGGCCCGCGAGCAAUACUCAGCCUCCAUCGCGAGGCCAGUGGGCACCUCGUACUCCACAUACCCGGCCUACGUGAGCGCCGAGGUGGCCCCGUCCUGGACCUCUGCACCCUUCGACAGCAGCGUCCUGCACGGCCUACAGGGUCGCCCCGGCCGAAGAGCCACUUUCGUGUCCGACUUCUUGGAGGAGUUUCCAGGUGAGGGACGAGAGUGUGUCAACUGUGGUGCCUUGUCCACCCCGCUCUGGCGCCGAGAUGGCACCGGCCACUACCUAUGCAAUGCCUGCGGCCUCUAUCACAAGAUGAACGGUGUCAACCGGCCACUUGUCCGGCCCCAGAAGCGCUUGUGCUCAUCCCGCAGGGCCGGCCUCUGCUGUACCAACUGCCACACCACCAACACCACGCUCUGGCGGCGCAAUGCGGAUGGUGAACCCGUGUGCAACGCCUGUGGCCUCUACAUGAAGCUGCAUGGGGUCCCUCGUCCCCUGGCCAUGAAGAAAGAAAGUAUCCAGACUCGGAAACGGAAGCCUAAGAAUGUCAGCAGGACCAAGGGUUCUUCGGGAUCCACAGGAGCCACCAGCACCUCCCCACCAGCCUCUGCCCCUGACACUGAGAGCUCAACAGUCACUUUGAAACCAGAGCCUAGCCUGGCAUCCCCUUCAUGCCCAGGACCCAGCAUUACUCCCCAGGCUUCUGGGCAAGUGGAUGACCCCCUGGCCUCUAAUCACUUAGAGUUCAAGUUUGAGCCAGAAGACUUUGCCUUCCCCUCUGUAGCCCUAGGCCCCCAGGCUGGUCUGGGAGGGCCCCUGCGCCAGGAAGCCUGGUGUGCACUGGCCUUAGCCUAGCUCCCCAGACACCAUGGGACUCCCUCCUCCUGGGCUUCCAGCUUCCAUCCAACCCAGCAAGCCUGCCAAGCUCACCCACUGGAGAGAUUGGAGCCUGCGGGACCUGCAACGCUGUGCUUCCCUCAGUAGGGAGACUGAGAAGCCUUCUAUGCCAGUGAGAGUCACUGGAAGGAAAAGGCCCACUUCCCCACACAGCUAGGUCUCCCCAAAGCUGUGUGAGGCUCUAAGCCACUACAGCCCAGGCUGACCCAACAUGUCUACUGCCAGCUUGGAUUCUGUUGUCUCCACUCACCAUCAUGUUUACAGUUUGCAGCAGCUGGAAUAGCCCCAGCCUCCUACUACAGAGCCAGGAUCACAAGUAAAGUGGCAGGCAGGCUUUGGAAGAUGGGGAGAAGCCAGACAGGGCCUCAGGCCUUGGGAGUCUAUCCUCCCUAUGUGUGAUGGACAAAACCUUGACACAGAAAGCAUUCCCUCCUGUGGGCACAAGACUGCCCAGGAUGAAUACACAGGCUGUGCCUUGUGCCAGGAUGCCACCCCAAGGGGAAGCCAGCACAUCGCCAUCAUCUUAGACUGGUGUAUUUAUUUGGACAACUUCUUCACAGUGGCAGUAAAGGGCCUUGCCUUGUUGUGAUAGAAUGUGCAUAUUAUGACUGUUUCUGACAGCAGAGUAAAGUCUCUGGAACUCUAUUUGCAGCCACAGAGGAACUGGGUGCCCUGUGUCAUGCCUAAUCCAGGAUAAGGCAUCCCAGCAGAAUUACUUAUAACAUCCCUUGUCACGUAUAGUUAGGCCCUGGCCAGACAGAUAACAGCUCUGCAGCUGGAUGGAGGUAGUUGUUCCAAGGGAGCAGCUGAGUGGCUGCUAAACCCAGAUGGCCUGGUGCAGAGAGCACCAGGGAAGUGGAGCCACCACCAUCUCAACCCAUGCCUUCUUCUGUUCAGCUGCUGCCUUUUGCCAAAAAGAGCCUUUGGUUUCUCCAAGAAACCUAAAAAACUGGGUUUUAAAUAUCAAGUCUUCCUGCGCUCACUCGCACCCUCUCUCUCUCUCUCUCUCUCUCUCUCACACACACACACACACACACACACACACACACACACACACACACCUUCCCAGUUUGAUGCAACAUUCUUUUUAAUGUUAUGAACCAACUGCAACAUCAAGCGGCCCAUCCUGUGGGGAACUUCUCUUAUAUAUAUUUAAGAAAAUAAGGCAUUGUCCCUGGCUUCAGGAAGGAGCCCUUUUAUUCAGAAGUUAUACCUCUAGGUUCAACCAGCCCAAGUUCUUGUCUUUUUGUCUUUUCUUUUAAAUACUAAUGACUCCAUAAGGAAAGUUGUCAAAAGUUUCUCCUCCCUUGACACCCUAUCCUCAGCUCAGGUCACAGCCUCCUCUGAAGGUCCCUUAUGUAGAAACACUGCCAAGCUGAUCUGUACUUUGAACUACACUGAGUGCCUUCACUGGUGGACUUCUGUAGGACCUGUGGGGCUUGAAAACUCAGAAUGCCUUCAUAUGUCUCUCCCAGGCCCCCAGAUUGGAAUUGGGCCCUGGCCAGACGAAGCAAGAUCAGCCUGGGGUCCCACACUAUGAGAAAUCAUCCUUGCACUCAAGUGAACUCAGGUUUGAGUCCUGCUCAGUCACUUAGUGUGUCUCUGACAUACAAUUGGGGACACACAGAGAAAGAGAGAUGGAGUUCGGAGCAAUGGCAAUCCCUGUGUCCCCAUAUGGACACUAGCUUCUGGGACAGAGCAGGCAAAUAGGCAGCAUUGGGGUGAACUCUGAGGACACAAGCUCUGGGCGGAGAGUCCCACCACCAAGUGUGGAUAAACCAAAGGCUCAAUUAAAGGCAGAUUCAGGGCCUGGGGCCUGGCAGUGACUGGCUGGAACUCAGGAACCUGUGUGCUACCCAGUCCCCAGGUCCCUUCUUCUACCACAUGUUCAACACCAGGAAGUAAAGGAAAACUCUUCAGGACUGUGUCACAGCCAGCACUUUGAAAAAGUGGACUGGAUAGAAGAGAGAAGUUCAGCCUCUGAGCAGCAGGAGUGGGAUGGAACUGCUGCUGUCUUACCUCUGCACCCACAGUCGGGAAACUAAGUGGGAAAGGUUACAGGGUGCCCACCUGGAGAAUGCGGUGCCCCUUCACUCUUUGGUCCACCCCACUCCCCAGAGUGUAGGAUUUCCAAGUGUGAUAUCAAAUAAUUAAGUUGAGAAAAAUUA